CUCAGUGCGCAAAAGAUAAGCCGUAUUUGUGAAGAACCUGCUGGGCUUGAUCACCAUACCAGGUACAAAAGAGGUCAUGGCCCACUGACUCUGCAUAUCACAUCCAGCGCAUCAUAACUGUACUUUCAGUCCUUUGCUUGACUUGCUAUCAUCAUGUACUCUCGUUCUAUAUUCCUCGCGGUGGCUGCUGCCUCCAUCACGCUCGUCAACGCUGAUGACCCCUUUGGGAGUUCCGGUGGGAUCUGUUACGCCUAUGGUGUUGACUUCAUCGAUGAAGGAAGCUACUUCAUCGACUCAGAGUCUACCGAGGACUUCUCUGCUGUAACAUACUUCAAAGGUUGCAACGCGGAUGGCAUGGCAGACGUUGUGCUUGUCGCGCCUGACGUGGAGGAAACAAGUGGGGAAGAAUACUUGUGUGACAGAAUUCCAACGACACCUGACGACGUGAAUCAAGUGGCAGACUGUCCCAUCAAGAAGAACCAAAUGAGCUCAGGACACUGGCUACUUCUGGUUCUGGGAGACAAUGAAGCCAACGAGGACGGCUCGAAUGGCCAACCUUUCGCAUGGCAAAGAGAUCUCUACCUGACUGUCGGCACGAAAGUCACCAGCACGUACACUGCAACAACUACAGACACCAAGACCGAGACACCUACUAUCACUCAAACUGUCACUACCACCUCGACUGAUGUCGUCACUGCCGGACCAUUCUCGACUGUCACCAUGCCUAGCGGCACUGCUAAGAAAGUCAAGACAAUCAAGCCAAAGGCAGUCACUACAACAUCUACAAAGACCAUGACUCGCACCAAGCACUCUUGGACCAAGCACUUUGGCGUCACCACCAAGACUGUCGAAGCCACGUGCACUACCCCGGCCCACGUGGACAAGCCCGACAAGCCUUGCCAGUACUCGCCCACCAAAGUUCACGCGGCGGCCAUUGAGACACCUACUACAAUCCCCAAGUUCCACCGCUGGGUUCGCAAGGGCGACCGCGAAGUCGACUACGAAUGGGCACGUGCCCGCGUCGAGGCCGCAAAGCAGAGACGUGCGGAGAAGGCUGGACAGAUUGAACGCCGCGCUCCUGAUGCUCCCACGACGACUGUCACCUACGAGACGCCGGUCGCGGUACUUGCUACUGUGACUGCACCAGCUAUUACCACAACUGAGAGUGUUCUUCUCACAGAGUCCGCCACAGAGACGCUUCCUCCUCCCACUGUUCUUUCCGGGCUCCUCACCUCGACCACCACGCUACCGACUCCCACUAAGACCAAGUUCAAGCUCGCCUUUACUACUACGACCGAGGUCAUUACUUUCGGUCACGUAUGGACUACGACAACGACGGUACUUCCUACCUCGUCAGUAAGUGCUUGCAAGAAGCACGGUGGACAUUUCUGGUGGAUCUAGUGGACUAUGUUGGUGCUAGAUUCGGGCCGUUCACUAUUUGAUUUCUACUCUGCUGUUCUUCGAGCGCGCAUUACAUUUAAUUACUGUGCACGGCACAAGAUAGACGAAUUCACGACUGCUCUUCACGAUCAAUAUUUCGAACCUUCUUGCGAUUGCCAUGUUUGUGUGAACAUCGUCACAGCACUGAUGCCUCCGCUUAGUCACAAGCGCCUUGCAUCGUCAUCUCACCCGCGUCUCUUGAGCUGUUAACACGUCACAC